AUGACAGAUGUUGAUGAGGAAAAUCCGCCACUGGAACGAAAAUUCUUCUUCGGGGUAAGUCUGUUGAUACGAAAAAGUUCAUUUCAGUUAUUCAAAAACCCAGAUCCAGGAUUUUCAACGACCGUCAUUUCGGUGACAACAAAUUUCAUUCUAUCGAAUAUGUUCGUUUUUGGGAUUACGGGCAAUUGGCGUGCUGCACUUCUGUCAGGAAUGUUAACAAUCCCAGUCUCAUCGUAUUCAUGCAUCAAAGAUGCAGCAGAUGACUUCGAACGAUGGAAAGAAACGAAAGCGUUGCGCCUUCGAGGUGUACCUGAGCGUUUCAUACCGCACAGAUCCAAAUUUGAUUGGACUGACUAUGAAGCGUAUAUGAUUGACAGUAACACUGGCAAUCGAGCGUCUUCUCGCUCUUAG